CGGCGCGGGCAUGGGCGGGGGGCGGCGCUGAGCGCGGCCGCUCCGUGCGGGGCCGCUCCGUGCGGGGCCGCUGCCCGGGCCCGGUCGCCCGCCCGCGGGGCCGAUGGACCUGGACGUGGACUACGAGCGCCCCAACGUCGAGACCAUCAAGUGCGUGGUGGUGGGCGACAACGCGGUGGGGAAGACGCGGCUGAUCUGCGCCCGCGCCUGCAACGCCACGCUCAGCCAGUACCAGCUGCUGGCCACGCACGUCCCCACCGUCUGGGCCAUCGACCAGUACCGCGUCUGCCAGGAGGUGCUGGAGCGCUCCCGGGAUGUGGUGGACGAGGUCAGCGUCUCCCUGCGCCUCUGGGACACCUUCGGGGACCACCACAAGGAUCGGCGCUUCGCCUAUGGCAGGUCAGAUGUGGUCGUGCUGUGCUUUUCGCUGGCAAACCCCAACUCCCUGCGCCAUGUGAAGACGAUGUGGUACCCUGAGAUCAAGCACUUCUGCCCCCGCACGCCCAUCGUGCUGGUGGGGUGCCAGCUGGACCUGCGCUAUGCCGACCUGGAGGCUGUCAACCGGGCCCGCCGCCCCUUGGCCAAGCCCAUCAAGCCCACGGACAUCCUGCCACCGGAGCGGGGCCAUGAGGUGGCCAAGGAGCUGGGGGUGCCCUACUACGAGACCAGUGUGGUGGCCCAGUUUGGCAUCAAGGACGUCUUCGAUAACGCCAUCCGUGCCGCUCUCAUCUCCCGCCGGCACCUCCAGUUCUGGAAGUCCCACCUGAAGAAAAUGCAGCGGCCACUGCUGCAGGCCCCCUUCCUGCCCCCUAAGCCCCCGCCACCCGUCAUCCAGGUCCCCGACCCGCCGGCCAGCCGCAGCUGGGGCCCUGCUGCCCUCUUCUGCACCCCACUCUGUGCCGACGUUGUCUUCCAGCUGCAAGGCGGACAGCAGGUCUUUGCCCACCGGGUCUACCUGGCUACCUCCUGCUCCAAGUUCUAUGACCUCUUCACCCUGGAGGGGCCACGGGGGGCGGGAAAGGAGCCUGCUGUCCGCACGAAGAGCCUGGACGGGGAGCGGGGGGUCCUGGCUGUGGGGGCGCACGCCCCGCUGCGGACUUCGCAGAGUGAUGAUGCGCUGCGGCCAGCACAGGGGACGGCGGGGGCGCCAAGUGGUGGCAGUGGCCGUGACCUGUCGGCGUGGGGCCGCGGCUUCAUCAGCAUGCACUGGGAGCUGGUGGCCGACCCAGUGGCAGGGCGAGAGAAGCGGAUGGCAGUGGUGUGCAUGGACCGGCGGGUGCAGGCAGAGCCCUUCCGCGCCGUGCUGGAGUACCUCUACACGGGGCGGCUGGACCAGGCGCGUGGGGACCUGAUGCAGGUGGCCACCAUUGCCGAGCUGCUAGAGGUCUUUGACCUGCGCAUGAUGGUGGCCAACGUGCUCAACAAGGAGAGCUUCAUGAACCAGGAGAUCACCAAGGCCUUCCAUGUCCGCCGUGCCAACCGCAUCAAGGAGUGCCUGGGGAAGGGGGAUGUGGUUUUCCACGUGGAUGAUGGGGCUGUGCCGGCGCACAAGCCCCUGCUCAUUGCCGGCUGCGACUGGAUGAUGGCCAUGUUCCGGGGGGCUUUCCGGGAGAGCUACGCUGCUGAGGUCUCCCUGCCCGGCACCAACUGCGCCUGCCUGCGCGCCGUCCUUGACUUCCUCUACACCGGCGUCUUCACCCCCACGCCUGACCUGGACGCCAUGGAGCUCCUCAUCCUCACCAACCGCCUCUGCCUGCCCCGGCUGCAGGCGCUCACAGAGCAGUACGCCGUGGAUGAGCUGCUGCGAGCCUUCAUGCAGCGGGUGGAGAUCGACGAGCAGGUCAUCAUCUACCUGGAGAUGACGCAGUUCCACAAUGCCCGGCAGCUGGCCGCCUGGUGCCUGCACUACAUCUGCACCAACUACAACAGCGUCUGCCGCCGCUUCCCCCGUGAGAUGAAGUUCAUGUCCGCAGAGAACCAGGCGCACUUUGAGCGGCACCGCUGGCCGGCCGUGUGGUACCUGAAGGAGGAGGACCUGUACCUGCGCUCCAAGAAGGAGCGGGAGCGGGAGGAGCAGCUGCAGCGCAAGCAGCACACCCGCAGCAAGUGGUGCUUCUGGCGGCCCUCACCCCACGUCUCCUGAGCCGGGGGACAAGGCUGGGCCAGGGGCUGCCCGCUCAGCCCCUCACCCUGCCGAGGGCUGCCUACCCCGGCCACUGCCUGUUUACACCCCCCACCCUGGCUGUUUACAGGCGGUGGGCCACGGCCCGGCCCCCCCAC